AUGGAUGGCAACAGGACGUUUUCCAGUGACUUCACCCUGGUGGGGCUCUUCGCUCACAGUACAGCCUCAGGAUUCCUGUUCGGUGUCAUUGGCGCCAUCUUCCUGACGGCCAUGGUGGCUAACGGGCUCCUGAUCUUCCUGAGCCACAGGGACGCGCUCCUCCACACGCCCAUGUACUUCCUGCUCAGCCACCUCUCCCUCAUCGACAUGCUGUACAUCUCCACCAUCGUGCCCAAGGCCUUGGUUGACUACCUUGUGGGCAAGGGCACCAUCUCCUUCACAGGCUGCACCACUCAGUACUUUCUCUACAUGGGCUUUGUGGGGGCCGAGUUCUUCCUGCUGGGCCUCAUGGCCUACGACCGCUACGUGGCCGUGUGCAGGCCGUUGCGCUACCCGGUGCUCAUGAGCCGCAGGGUCUGCUGGCUGAUCGUGGCCAGCUCUUGGUUUGGCGGUGCACUGGACAGCCUCCUGCUCACUCCCCUCACCAUGAGCCUCCCUUUUUGUGCCUCACACACUAUCAACCACUUCUUCUGCGAGGCCCCCACCAUGCUGAGGCUGGCCUGUGGCCGCAAGGCCGCCUAUGAAACGGUGAUGUACGCCUGCUGCGUCCUGAUGCUGCUGGCCCCCUUCUCCGUGGUGACCACGUCCUACACACGCGUCCUCAUUGCCGUGCAGCACAUGAAGUCCGCAGGAGGGAAGAGGAAGGCCCUGGCCACCUGCUCCUCACACAUGAUUGUGGUGACGCUGUUCUACGGGGCCGCCGUGUACACUUAUGUGCUGCCCCGGUCCUACCACACCCCACUCCAGGACAAGGUCUUCUCCGCCUUCUACACCAUCCUCACGCCCGUGCUCAACCCGCUCAUCUACAGCCUGAGGAACAGGGACGUGCAGCAAGCCUGCAGCAGGGUGUUAGGCAGGAAUCGAGGGCCUGCCGUGUGACACGGAGGGUGUGUGACAGCUCCUCCUGUCCGAGGCACUCGGGCCUCCGCCGGGAACCAUGAGGCCAACAGUGCAAGCAGCUGCCAGUGCCGAGGGUACAUCGGCUCCAGCAGGAUGGGGAACUAAUCCUGACAUUCCCACACGACUAUGCCAGGCUUCCAUAAACACAACUGGUAUUUUUCUUUCGUUCUGCUUUCAAUUCUCUGUCGUACUAGUUCUCUGAUUAGAGUUCCUCCGUGUGAGUGUCCCUGAAACAUCUGGCCUGAUCAUCUGAUUCCCUCAGCGUAGCUGGUGAUUCAGAUUAUAUUGU